AUGGCUAGAAUCACAAAGAAUACAGUUGUAGAGAUGGGCCAAGAGAGAAUUCAAGAAAAGAAGAUCGAGAACCAUGGUAAAUGUCAAGCAAAUAAGGUAUGGAAGAUAGAUGAAGAUGAGAAAGACUAUGAAGCUGAUUUUCAAGCAUUUUUAAAAGAAGAUGAGGAGGAGGAUAAGGGCCGCUAUAAGUUUAGGGCACUCAUGGAUGUCUCCAGGAGAACAAAGGAGAAAGCUGGAUCUGAUUUUCUAAUGAAAGAUGCUAUGAUCUUCCAGAAACCAACCCCUACUAAUGAAGGUCCUAUUACGAAGCCAAAACAGAAGCGCAAGAACCCAUAUAGGGGCAUCCGCCGAUGCCAUUGGGGCAAAUGGGCUGCUGAAAUCCGCGAUCCUAAAAAGGGUGUUCGUGUUUGGUUAGGCACAUAUAAAACACCAGAAGAUGCUGCUAGUGCGUAUGAUGCUGAGGCUCGCAAGAUUAGAGGCAAUAAGGCAAAGGUGAAUUUCCCUGACGAGGCACCACCAAACAUGAUGAGUAACAUACCAAAGCCAACUGUUCCCGCAACGCCACCAAUUCUUGUCCCAGUAGAGAAGUUUAAUGCCAACACACUGGUACACCAUGUAAACAACUCAAAUGAGGAUUUAUUUUCGGUGGUGAACUUUAGUGGCAGCAAUGCUUGCUCGGUUCCUACUGAGGGCUUUGGGUUACUUUCCAUGAAUGUGCCUUAUGAGAUUUCAAGGAUGGGAGUGUGUCCAAGUCAAAAUAUUUUUUCAGCCUGUUCAUCAAGCAACGGAUUAGUGGACUUUAGUGGAAACAAUGCUAGGUCAAUUGAUAUUGAAGGUUUUGGAUUGCCCUCUAUGAGAAUGUCUAAUGCCCCUUCUGAGAUUCCAAGGAUGGGCCAUUGUCCAAGUCAAAAUAAAUUUCCAAUUGGUGCUUCAAGCAAUGGAUCGGGCAAUGGCACUAUCAAGAACCUAAAUGCAUGCUCCUCCUUACCACAUCUUGGUAUGCAGAUGUCCGGUCAACGUAUUUUUGCUGGUCCACCAAUGAUGAUAGAGAGAAAUAUUGGCGUGCUUGCUCCUACUCUCAGCAAUGCCACACCCAUUGUUCCAUUUGAUGUGGCUAGUGUUGACGCUGGGACAAAAAUAAUUGAUCAGCAUCCUACCCUCCAGGUGGUGGAAAACGAAUCUAUUCCUUUCAAUUUACAAGGUGAUGUUAAUGAGGAUGUGGCUGCAGAAAUCACAAUGUGGGAUUUCUAUGACCAGCUGCUGGCCAAGGCAAAUUGA